AUGUCUCUCGACCCCGUCACAAGCGGCCUAACCAACCGCCUCCCAAUAAAUAAAGCCGAACAAGCAACCCGACCCGUGAAAAAUAUACCGAAACUAGACAAAUCCGGCGCCUCAAAACAACUAAAUAAAACAACAAACGACCUCACAGACCCUAUCGUCCCAGGCGAAUUCCCCCGCGAUGAAGGCCAACCCCGCACCCAGCACGAACCACCACAAGGCGAGAUGAACUUCUCCAGCGCCUGGUCCAGCGUAAACAACUGGUUCCACUCUCUCUUCCCGCAAGCCAUGGAUCGCUUCGAAGACCUAGUCAAGUGGGCCGUACAAUACCUCUUCCCACCAUCGAAACAAGCAGAGAUGUUCGAAGGAGCGAUGAAAAGACCCAUUGCCACUACAUUUAUCGUUUGUCAGAUUAUUUGCUGCGGUGUUCCGUUGUUGAUAUUUUUGGCGGGCGUAUUUGUCUUUGCGGCUGUUGCUCUUUUGCUUUGGGCUGUGCUUUCUUUGGUUAUUCUUGGUCCUGUCUUGCUUGUUGCUAGUAUGAUGGGGGUUUCGUUGUGGGGAUGGGGGUGGAUUUUGUAUGGGUUGAUGGGCUGGGUUGACCAGCGGUUCUUUGGGGGGAUGAUUAGUAGAUUUUUCCUUCCAAGGAUGCAGGCGCAGAGUGAGGGUGAUGGUGAAGGAGAAGGGGGAGAGGGUGAGAAAGAGGAGCAGACGGAGGGUGAGAAGAAAGAUACUUAG